AUGCCUGACGCAGAUAGUCCCCCGUCUGAGCCAUCAGCUCUCGAACCUCUUACCCCCGAUCAACGACAGCUUUAUCUAGAGCUUCUCCAGCACUGCGAGUCGCUCUUCGAGUCGCCCGAGCUCCGCGGUGGAACUCCGUCUCCAGCGACAUCGCCCGACAGCACAUGCUCCGAUAUCUCGCGCCCCGACACGCCAAGUCGAGUCAAUCCACGCUCCAUCGCCCCACGCCCUGCCACCCCCGAGCAGCCACUCGCCGACAAAUUCCCUCAUAUCCCAGGCCUUCCUAAGCUCCCAACACCAAUGCCGGUCAAAGCGGAGAGUGGUGCCAGCUCGGAGCGAGACUCAUUCUAUCCGAAGGAGGAGGACCAGAAGCUUCAGAAGAUCGAUCCGGGAGCCAACUCUGAACAGGUUGGCAUGGGAGUUCGAAUUCGCUCGCAUAUCAAGCUUUAUCACUGCUGCCCAUCAAGGUGA